AUGCAACACAGGGCUUUCACCCACCCCGCACAUGAACACCCUCCGUGGUUUUGUAGCUUAUGUAAUACUAAGGCUACCAGUAGGCAAACCUUGCUUCUCCAUGCUGAAGGAAAGAAACACGGAGCUAAAGCAAGAGCUUUCCACGCAGCAAAGCAGCAGCCUAAGGAUACAGAAGAAACCAAGACUUCCAUCAAAAACAGUGUCAAAAUGGAAAUUCCUGAUAAGAAAGAUAUGGUGGAAUCAAGAGAACCUAAUUCAUCUAAAGUUGCUCCUACGAAUGAUGGUUCUGGAGUGGAAAAUAGUGCUUCGCAGUCAAGUAAGAAAAGAAAACUCGAGGCAUCUGAAACUAAUGGUGCUCNAGUUGAAAUUAGUGCUUCGCAGUCAAGUAAGAAAAGAUAA